AAAAGAAGUUUGGAGGGAUUGCGGAGAAGUGGAAUCACUUGCAUAGAGGCAGAGGAAGAUUGAGGGCGCAGGAAGUGCAGCAUCUUGGACAGCGCCGGGGGAAUAGGUUUCAUCUCUUUUUUCGACUUCUCUUUCCAUUGAAGAAAGAACAGACGUUUUCAUCACUGUUUUGUCACGGGUUAAGAGAGCCAAUGUCGCUCCCUUUACCUCGAGGUUCAUCAUAAGAUUCCGACUGGAAAGUAGACAACUAUAGCAUUUAGUUAUUGUAGACCUUUCGGUCUGAAAAUGGGCACCAGGCUAUUGUUCCUGUUGCUCGUGCAGGUUCUUUUAGUCGUUUUUUCCUCCGGUCAGGACAACGGUACCGAGGAUGCAAAAGAGGACAUCCCGGAGGGUGCAUCCACCUUGGCAUUCGUGUUUGAUGUGACCGGCUCCAUGUACGAUGACCUGGUGCAGGUUAUCGAGGGGGCAUCCACGAUUUUGGAAACGUCGUUGAGCAGACAACAGAGACCUUUGUAUAACUUUGCUCUGGUACCCUUUCACGACCCAGAAAUCGGACCCGUUACCAUCACAACAGACCCAAAAAAGUUCCAGUAUGAACUCAAAGAGCUGUACGUGCAGGGAGGCGGAGACUGUCCAGAGAUGAGUAUCGGUGCCAUCAAGACCGCCCUGGAGAUCUCCCUGCCAGGGUCCUUCAUCUACGUCUUCACCGACGCGCGGUCGAAAGACUACAAGCUCACGCACGAGGUCCUGCAGCUGAUCCAACAGAAGCAGUCUCAGGUGGUUUUUGUGCUGACAGGAGACUGUGAUGACCGGACCCAUAUCGGGUACAAGGCCUAUGAGGAGAUAGCUUCCACCAGUUCAGGACAGGUGUUCCAUCUGGACAAGAAGCAGGUCAACGAGGUUCUGAAGUGGGUGGAGGAGGCUGUUCAGUCCUCCAAGAUCCACCUGCUGUCCACAGACCACUUCAGCGGGCUCAGCAACACGUGGCAGAUCCCCUUCGACCCCAGCCUCAAGGAGGUCACGGUGGCCCUCAGCGGCCUCGCGCCUCUCAUCGAGAUACGCAACCCUCAGGGAAAGCUUCUCAGGAUAAGCGACGGCCUGCACCAGCUCCUACACAUUCCAAACUCUGCCUGGGUUGUCAGCAUCAAGAACCCUGAGCCAGGAAUGUGGUCCAUAAAGACAGCCAGCGAAGGCAGGCAUUCAGUCAGGAUAACUGGACUCAGCACUAUAGACUUCAGGGCCGGGUUUUCCAGGAAACCCACCCUGGAUAUGAAGAUGACCUCCAGUCGACCAGUUCAAGGUAUCCCCACCCACAUCUUGCUGAACACGACCGGCCUGUCCCCUCCGGCGCGUGCCGAUAGGCUGGAGCUCCUGUCAAUCACGGGCGGCGUCCUGAAGACCCUCCCCAUUCGUUACUACCCCGACCGCAGGCCGUUUGGCAUCUGGAACAUCACCAAGUUUGUCCCGCCCAGCAAGGCCUUCUUCCUGCGGGUGACAGGAUAUGACGACGACGGCUUCCUGUUCCAGAGAGUGUCCAGCGUCUCCUUCUCCAGCAUCGUGCCCGGUGCCCCAAGAGCCCUGAUGCCCGCCUCCACCCCAGGCUACUACCUGCAGAGCGGGGGCAUCACCUGCCACGUGGAGAGCCUGAUCCCCUUCACCCUGCGCUUCACCAGGGGCGGGGCCCGGCUGGGCGUGGACCAGCUCUUCAAGGAGUCUGGCAGUGCAUCGUGGGAGAUUGGUCAGGUGACUCUGAAGGAUGAGGGCUACUAUGAGUGCAUCGCCAUCAGCAGCGCUGGCACAGGUCGAGCCAGCACCUUCCUGGAUGUCUCAGAGCCUCCUCCGGUGGUCACCGCGUCCUCCAACGUGACGGCGUCCCCUGGCUCCACUGCCGUCCUGACCUGCGGCGUGGUCAGCACCGUGCGCUUCAACCUCACCUGGCUGCGGGGGGGCUUGGACGCCCGCCUGGACCCCAGGGCGCACGCCCUCGCCAACCUCUCCCUGGAGGUGCACACCGUCGACGUCGACGACGCCGGCUGGUACGAAUGCGUCGCCGUCAACGAGGGAGGAGCCACAGCUGAGCGGGUGUAUCUGUCUGUGCAAGAGCCUCCGCAGGUGUCAGUGCAGCCCAGGAACCAGACCUUCGUGACGGGGCAGGAGGUCCAGAUCAAGUGCUUGGCCCGGGGCUACCCAGCGCCCCAUGUGGUUUGGACCCACAACACCAUGUUCAUCAUGGGCACCAGCAGACACAGGAUGACCCCUGACGGGACUCUGGUCAUCAGGAACGCGGAGCGGAGAGACGCAGGAGAGUACGGCUGCCUGGCCAGUAACGCAGCUGGGACACACACACAGACCUCCAGCCUCUCUUAUAUUGAGUCCCCUGUGGUGACAGUGGCGCUGAGCGAGCUCCUGAUUGGUCUAGGGGAGACCACCAUCAUGGCCUGCUCUGCCUCCGGGAUCCCUCAGCCCGAGGUGUGGUGGUACAAAGGUGACCUCCGGCUGCACUCGUCCGCCUACGUGAGCAUCGACGCCCCGGGGGGAACGCUGACCCUCCAGGAGACGCAGGACAUGGACGCUGGAGACUACACCUGCGUGGCGGCCAACCCGGCGGGCACGUCUUCCGGAAAGAUCUCCCUGGACGUGGGAGCCGCGCCCCAGUUCACCCAGGAGCCGUCCGACGUGGCUGCGGACAUCUCCACCAACGUGAGCCUGCAGUGCCACGCCCGCGGCCACCCGCAGCCCCAGGUGACCUGGAGGAGGGAGGACGGCGUCCCCCUCUUGGUCCAACGCCCCAGCCCCAGCAGCAUCACCCAGAGGAGGGGAGGGGAACUGCAGAUCACCAAUCUCUGGGUUGAGGAUGAAGGGGUGUACGUGUGUGAGGCGCGGAACCAGUUUGGGAAGAUCCAGACCCAGGCCCGAGUCACCGUCACCGGACUGGUGCCCCCCCUCCUGGCCGUCAGUCCGAGCGUGCUCAGUGUGAUCGAGGGGCAGCAGCUGACCCUGCCCUGCGUGUUGCUGGCUGGAAACCCCCUGCCUGAGAGACAGUGGCUCCACAACUACGGCCUGGUGUCGUCGGGGCCCUACCUGGUGGUGAGGAGGGACGGCAGCCUCCAUAUAGAGAGAGCUCGGGUGGAGGAUGGGGGGGACUACACCUGCCUGGCGGAGAACGUGGUGGGGGCCAGCAACCACACCACCACCCUCAACAUCUACGUGAUGCCCUCCAUCCAGCAUGGCACCCAGGUGUUUAGCACCAUCGAGGGAACGCCCAUCUCUCUGCCCUGCCCUGCUCACGGAGUACCCCCACCUGACAUCACCUGGGCCAAGAGCGGGGAGCUGUUGAACCUGGGUGGUCCGGCCUUCUCCCUCCUGACGGACGGGGGCCUGCGUGUCGCCUCUCCCUCGGGGAACCACAGCGGCGAGUUCGUCUGCACCGCCACCAACGCUGCCGGUUACAGCUCCAGGAAGGUGCAGCUCACCGUCUACGUGCGUCCCAGGACCAGUUUUGGGGGGGCGGGCGGGGUCGUGGACGUGACGGUGGUGGAGAGAGAGAAGGUCACCCUGCCCUGUGACGUUCAGAGUGUCCCUCCUCCAGUCAUCACCUGGGCCAAGGACAGACAGCUCAUCUCACCCUACUCUCUCAGACACACCCAGCUGCCCUCAGGCUCUAUGAAGAUCGCAGAGAGCAGAGUUUCCGACAGCGGCCUUUAUGUGUGUUUCGCCUUCAACAUUGCUGGCAAUUUCACCCAGACUGUCAAUCUCAGUGUUCACGUGCCCCCCAGCAUCCAGCCAGGCCCCAGGGUGAUGAAGGUACAGGUGGGUCACCCUAUGGAGCUGCCCUGCGCCGCCCGGGGCAUCCCGGAGCCCAUCCUCGCCUGGCUGAAGGAGGGCGCCGCCCUGCAGGCAGACGGGGGGCGUUACAGCGUCUCGUCAGACGGCAGUCUGGCCCUGGGCCAGGUGAGGGUGGAGGACGAGGGCAUCUACACCUGCCUGGCGUCCAACCUGGCAGGCCAGGACCAGGCCGACACACAGCUGCUGGUGCAGGUUCCCCCGGUGGUGGAUGUCCUGGAGCCUCCGUUCAACAGCCCCCUGCAGGAGAGAGUGGCCAACCAGCGCAUAGCCUUCCCAUGCCCUGCCAAAGGCACUCCCACGCCGGUGAUCAGGUGGUUGCGUAACGGCCAGGAGCUGACAGGAAGCGAGCCCGGCGUCUCCAUCCUGGAGGACGGCACCCUACUCAUCCUGGCGUCCGUGUCGCCCCUGGACAGCGGCGAGUACGUCUGCAUGGCCGUCAACGACGCCGGCUCCACCGAGAGGAAGUACCAGCUCAAAGUGAACGUGCCCCCGGAUAUCCGUGACAAAGCGUCGCCGGGCAACGUGUCCGUGGUGUUGAACCAGCCCACCACCCUGCUGUGUGAUGUCACAGGAAGUCCCACCCCGGUCAUCACCUGGUACAAGGACGGACUUCCUGUGGUCCCCAGCAGCAGUGUGCAGAUCCUGCAGAGGGGGAAGACCCUGUGGCUCCAGCUGGCCGACUCCAGCGACGCAGGGAGCUACAGCUGCCGGGCCGUCAACAUCGCAGGAAGCAGCGAGAAGGUCUUCCACCUGGACGUCCUGGUCCCUCCCACCAUCACGGGGAGUGAUUCCUCCAGCGACCUCUCAGCCGUGAUCAACCAGGAGAUCAGACUGGAGUGCCAGGCCACAGGAGUGCCCUUUCCCACAAUCCACUGGUACAAGGACAGGAAGCUGCUGUUCCUGGGCGACCCCAACGUGGAGCUCUCCGACGGGGGGCAGGUGUUGAAGAUCAAGAGCGCCCGUCUGGGCGACCAGGCCCGCUACCAGUGCAGUGUCACCAACGCCGCGGGCAAACAGUCCAAGGACUUCAACCUCAGUGUUUAUGUCCCCCCCACCAUCAAAGGCGGGAACCUCACCUCCGAGGUCACCGCCCUCCUGGGCGCCACGGUAACGCUGGAGUGCGAGGCGCGUGGCGUCCCGCUUCCGGCCGUCACCUGGUACCGGAACGGCGCCACCGUCCUGUCCAGCCGCCAGGCGCAGUACGUGGACCGAGGUCACUUCCUGAAGAUCCCGCUCGCCCAGGCGUCCGACGCCGGCCGCUACACCUGCAGGGUGACCAGUGUGGCUGGCAGCGCCGACAGGAACUACCGGCUGGACGUUUACCUGCCCCCCACCAUCGCGGGGGGCCAGGACACCCCCACAGAGCGAAAGGUGGUCCUGAGCCAGCCCCUGACCCUGGAGUGUGAGGCCGGGGGCCACCCAGCGCCCUCACUGACCUGGCUGAAGGACGGCGUGCCGGUCAGGGACGCGCCCGGCGUCCGCGUGCUCCAGCAAGGCCGCAGGGUGGAGAUCACCUCCGCCAGCGUCUCCGACGCCGGACGCUACGUCUGCCUGGCAACCAGCGUCGCCGGGGAGAAGGAGAUCAAGUACGACGUCAGCGUGCUAGUGCCCCCGUUCAUUGAGGGCGGGGAGGAGGAGACGGAGACCACGGUGGUCGUCGACAGCGCUCUGGAGCUUGAGUGUCACGCCACAGGAAGCCCCGCCCCUGUCAUCACGUGGUUCAAGGACGGCCAGCCGGUCAGGCAGGGUGAGGGGGUUCGUAUCGGGGCCGGCGGUCAUCGCCUGGUGGUGUCACGGGCCAAGGUGUCGGACACGGCCCCCUUCCAGUGCGUGGCCACCAACGAGGCGGGGGACCACGAGAGGGACUUCAACGUGGUGGUUCACGUCCCUCCGUCCAUCCGCUCGUCGGGUCCUGCGGAGCGCUCGGUGGUCCUCCACAAGCCCAUCAGCCUCCAGUGCGUGGCGACUGGCGUCCCUCCUCCCAGCAUCACCUGGCUGAGGAACGGCCGCCCUGUGGACGUGACGCAGGAGCACCUGAAGCUGGAGUUGGAAGGUAGAACCCUCGUCGUCACGGAGGCCAGAGCAGUGCAUGCUGGGAGAUACACGUGCGUGGCGACCAACGCUGCCGGGGAGGCUCAACAACACACCCGCCUCAGUGUCCAUGAGCCUCCCAGCAUUCCAUAUUCUGGAGAGAUCUUCAAUGAGACCAUCCUGGCCAGCUACCCCACCAAGCUGGAGUGCAAGGCCACAGGGGCUCCUCUCCCAGCCAUCACCUGGUACAAAGACGGUCGCCCGCUGACCAGCGCAGCCGGCGUGACCAUCCUGAAACGCGGCCAUGUUCUGGAGAUCGACCGCGCCCAGCUCUCGGACGCGGGCCUGUACCGCUGUGUGGCGGUCAACCUCGCCGGGAAGGCGGAGCUCUCCCACCGGCUCCAGGUGUACGUGCCCCCGGUCAUCUCCAGCCGAGGGGUCAUGGUGACGGUGGUGGUGAACGAGGAGGCCAGGCUGGAGUGUGAGGCGUCGGGGGUGCCCCCGCCCAACCUCACCUGGCUCAAGGACGGCAGCCCCGUGGCCAGCGUGUCCGAUGGCAUACAGGUGUUGUCUGGUGGCAGAGUGCUGUUGUUCAGCAGUGCCCAGGUCAGUGAUACGGGCAGGUUCACCUGUGUAGCGGUCAAUGCUGGGGGAGAGCAACUCCGAGAUUAUGACCUGCAUGUGUAUGUGCCUCCCAACAUCAUGGGCGAGGAGGUGAACGCCACGGUGAUGCUGGGUCGCCCGGUGGAGCUGCGUUGCCAGGGCGACGCCAUCCCGCCGCCCACCCUGUCCUGGCGUAAAGACGGCCGCCCGCUGUUCCGGAAGCCCGGCCUGACCGUGUCCGAGGACGGCAGCGUCCUGAAGGUUGACAGUGCCCAGGUGCAGGACUCGGGCAGGUACACUUGUGAGGCCACCAACGUCGCCGGCAAGACCGAGAAGAACUACAACCUUAACGUCUGGGUCUCUCCCAGCAUCCGCGGGUCAGAGGAGGUGUCUCCCCUGACCGUGAUGGAGGGCAGCCUGAUCACACUGGUGUGUGAGUCCAGCGGAAUCCCCCCUCCCAGCCUCACCUGGAGGAAAAACGCGGCGGAGGUGAGCUCGUCCUCGCGGGUCAAGGUUCUGUCCGGAGGACGCCAGCUCCAGAUCUCCAGCGCAGAGAGGACAGACUCCGCCUCCUACAGCUGCACGGCAACCAGCGCGGCCGGCGCCGUCUCCAAGGAGUACAGCCUGCAGGUGUACGUUCGCCCUUCCAUCAGACCCAGUGGGGGCGGGGCCGAGGGCGGGGCCGGGGACGUCACGGUGACGAGGGGCGGGAACGUGACGCUGCAGUGCGAGGCGGACGGCGUACCGCGCCCGGCAGUCACCUGGCUGAAGGACGGGCGGCCAAUCACGGAGCAGCAAGGAGCCCGAGUGCUGAACGAGGGCCGGCUGCUGCAGGUGACCGACGCCAAGGUGUCGGACACGGGCCGCUACACGUGUGUGGCCGUGAACGUGGCGGGACAGGCCGACAGCAAGCAUGACGUCAACGUACACGUCCCCCCCAGCAUCAGUGGAGUGCUGCGUGUUCCAGAGGAGGUCAGUGUGGUGGUGAAGAACCCUGUGGCCCUCACCUGCGAGGCCUCGGGAAUCCCCCUCCCCACCAUCACCUGGCUGAAGGACGGCCGGCCAAUCAGAGCCUCCAGCUCCGUCCGGGUCCUCUCAGGGGGGCGGAGCCUGCGUGUAAUGCACGCGUCAGUGGAGGAUUCUGGGAGAUACACCUGCGUGGUGUCGAACAGUGCAGGAGAGGAGAGGAAGGACUUUGACAUGGAGAUCCUCGUGCCCCCCAGCAUCGUGGAGGGAGGUGUUGUCCAGGACGCCAAGGUCAAGGAGAGGCACAACGUGACCCUGACGUGUGAGGUCACAGGUAACCCCGCUCCGGAGAUCAGGUGGUUGAAGGACGGCCAGCCGUUGGACAGACGUCAGCAGGUGAUGUCACACGGGCGUUUCCUGCAGGUGUGGGGCGCCCAGGUGGGCGACACGGGCAGGUACACCUGUCUGGCCUCCAACAGCGCAGGGGACCGCAGCAAGCACUUCAACCUUAACAUCCUGGUCACCCCCACCAUCUCUGGCUCUGGUCCCGAGGGCGCGGCCGAGGAGGUGACAGUGACCCUGAAGCCCACGUCGCUGGUGUGCGAGGUGCAGUCCUACCCCCCCGCCCUCAUCACCUGGCUCAAGGACGGCACCCCCUUCGAAUCCAACCGCAACAUCAGAGUGCUUCCAGGCGGGCGCACCCUGCAGAUCAUCAGCGCCAGGCAGGAGGACGCGGGCAGGUACACCUGUCUGGCCACCAACGAGGCCGGGGAGACCCUGAAGAACUACGAGGUCAAAGUUUACAUUCCUCCUCAGAUCAAUAAGAACGAUGUUCCAGGGGAGGGGCUGGUUCCUAAGGAGGUCAAGCUGAAGGUCAACAACACCUUGACGCUGGAGUGUGAAGCUCAGGCUAACCCCGUGGCCUCCCUGCAGUGGUUCAAGGACGGACAGAUCCUGAGGGCAGACGACCACGUGAGCAUCACGGCUAGCGGCCGCGUGGUCCAGAUCAGGCAGGCCCAGGUGUCGGACACCGGCCGCUACACCUGCAUCGCCUCCAACGUGGCCGGGGAGGACGAGAAGGACUUUGAUGUAAAUAUUCAAGUCCCUCCCAGUUUCCCCAGGCCCUUCCCCUCCCCCCCAGGCAGCUGGCUGGACCAGAGGGACGUGGUGCUGAACAACCCCAUCUCCCUGUACUGUGAGACCAACGCAGUGCCCCCGCCCACCCUGACCUGGUACAAGGAUGGGCGGGCCCUGGCUUCCAGUGACAAAGUGCUCAUCUUACCUGGUGGCCGUGUGCUGCAUAUCCCCAGGGCUCAGGCAAAGGAUUCUGGGAGGUACACAUGCGUGGCGGUGAACGAGGCAGGAGAGGACUCCAUCCAGUAUGACGUCAGAGUGCUGAUCCCCCCCUCCAUCCGGCGUGCGGGGGGUGAUGCCCCUGACGAGGUGAGGGUCCUGGUGAACCAGACCACCCUGCUGGAGUGUCACGUGGACGGGCACCCCGCGCCCAACGUCACCUGGCUGAAGAACAGCCAGCCUAUCGGCUCCCCCAGACUGCUGUCCAACGGACGCACACUGCAGGUGCUGAACGCUCAGGUGUCAGACACGGGGCAGUACGUGUGUGUGGCCAGCAACGUGGUCGGCAGCGCCGAUAAGGCCUUCAACCUCAACGUCCAUGUACCCCCCUCCAUCAUGGGCCUGAGCUCUGAGAAUGUGACGGUGGUGGUGAAUAACUUCAUCUCACUGACGUGCGAGGCCACCGGCUUCCCUCCUCCCUCCCUGAGCUGGAUCAAAGACCAGGGCGUGGUCCUCGCCAACACCAAUGCCCUUAUCAUGCCAGGUGGACGAACACUGCAGAUUCUGAGGGCUAAGAUGUCUGACGGCGGCAAGUACAGCUGUGUGGCUGUGAACGCUGCAGGAGAGACACGCAAGCUGUUCUACCUCACCGUGCUGGUCCCCCCCAGCAUCAGAGACAGCAGUGGGCUAUCCCCCGUGGUGUUGAGUGUGCAGGUGGGGGGCUCCGUCACCCUGGAGUGCGAGUCCAACGCCGUCCCCCCUCCCACCGUCACCUGGUACAAGAACGGCCGAGCCGUAGCCGAGUCGGCCAACAUCAGGCUCCUGGCCCGGGGCCAGAUGCUGGAGGUCAAGGGGGCAGAGGUGUCUGACACCGGCCAGUACGUCUGCAAGGCGUCCAACGUGGCCGGACAGGUGGACAAGAACUUCCACCUGAACAUCUACGUGCCCCCCAGUAUCGACGGCCCAGCCGAGGAGAAGAUGGUGGAGACGGUCAGCAACCCCGUCACCCUGCCCUGCGACGCCGCGGGCAUCCCCCCUCCCAGCCUCACCUGGCUGAAGAACGGACGCUCCGUCGAGAAUACCGAGUCGCUGGAGAUGCACAUCCUGUCCGGGGGCAGCAAGCUGCAGAUCGCCCGCUCCCAGCUGUCCGACGCGGGCACGUACACCUGCGUGGCAUCCAACGUGGAGGGGAAGGCUCGUAAGAGUUACCACCUGACCAUCCAAGUCCCGCCCAGCAUUUCAGGGGCGGAGCUGCCCAGUGAAGUGGGCGUGCUGCUGAACAAGAGCAUCCAAUUGGUGUGUCGCGCUCAGGGAACCCCGCCCCCUUCCAUCCAGUGGCUGAAGGACGGAAAGGCCCUCAGCAAAUCAGGAAGCCAGGGACUCAGGAUCAGUCCAGAUGGCAGCACCCUGACUCUGUCAGCAGCUCGUACCUCUGACGGGGGCAAGUACACCUGCAUGGCCACCAACCCUGCUGGAGAGGAGGACAGGAUCUAUAACCUCAGCGUCUACGUCCCUCCUGUGAUUGGUGGAAAUGGGGCGAAGGCCGAGGAGUUGACCACAGUUCUAGACAGUUCCGUCAGCCUCGAGUGUGUGGCCACGGGCUCCCCUCUCCCCCAGCUCAACUGGCUGAGGAACGGCCUCCCCCUCCCGAUCUCCUCCCACCUCCGCCUGCUCUCCGCCGGGCAGGUGCUCAGGAUCAGCCGAGCUCAGGUGUCUGAUGGUGGCUCCUACACAUGUAUGGCUUCGAACAGGGCAGGAGUCGACAACAAACACUAUAACCUCCAGGUCCAUGUUCCUCCCAGCCUGGACGGAGCAGGAAGCACGGGGCAGGUGACGGUGGUGCGGGGGGACCUCGCGUCGCUGGUGUGCAUCGCUGACGGGACCCCCGCCCCCUCCAUGUCCUGGCUGAGAGAGGGGGUCGGCCUCAUCCCCGACCCCAGCCUCGGCCUCCUCAACCUGGGGAGCACCCUCCAGAUCGCCCACGCCAGGGUCAACCACACGGGCCGCUACACCUGCCUGGCUAACAACACUGCUGGCCAGGCCAGCCGCCACUUCGACCUCAAAGUGUUCGACCCUCCUCGUGUCUCGGGUUCGGGCGUGGCGGCGGAGGUGUCGGUGGUGGCGAACCAGGUGCUGGAGCUGCUGUGUGAGGCCACGGGGAUCCCAGCCCCCAGCCUCACCUGGAUGAAGGACGGCAGGCCCCUCCCCCAGACGGACGGCAGGCCCCUCCCCCAGACGGACAGCAUGCGCCUCCUCCGGGUGGCCUCCGCCCAGUGUGUACCUGAUCUGAGCAUGCCUCCCUCUCUCCCAGACGGACCGCAGACAGCCCGAGGCAGCAUCAUAGGAAACAUCAACGACAUCGAGUUCGGCAUCGCCAUCCUCAACGCCACCAUAUCCGACGACCAGUCCGGAGGCAGGGUGAUCCAGGCCACCGUAUUGAACGUACCCCCGGACGCUAGCCUAGGUCCUGCUAUGAGGAAGCUCAUCUCCAUCCUGAACCCCAUCUAUUGGACGACGGCGCAUGAGGUGGGGGAGGCGGCCAACGGCUACACCCUCACGGGAGGCGUGUUCAGACGAGAGACACAGGUGGAGUUUGCCACAGGUGAGAUUCUGAGGAUGACCCACGUUGCCCGGGGGCUGGACCUGGACGGAGCGCUCCUAUUGGACAUCGUGUUGAACGGACACAUUCUGCAGCUUCCCUCUCACGCUGACAUCAGCAUAAAGGACUAUACGGAGGACUACAUCCAGACGGGUCCAGGGAGGCUGUACGCUCUCUCCACCCGCAUGUUCAGCGUGGACCAGGGGACCGUGCCCUACUCCUGGAACCACACCAUCACCUACGAGGCCUCCAGGGGCAAGAUGCCCUACCUGGUGCAGACUCUGCAUGCCUCGGCCAUCAGCGCUCAAUACCGCCCUCUGGAGGAGGUGCUGGAGUACAAGAUCCAGGCCAGCAUUACCAAGGGAGAUCGUAGUAACCAGUGUCCUAAUGGCUUCAGUUUGGAUCCUGCUGGGCCAUACUGUGCAGAUGAGGAUGAGUGCGAGGUGGGUCCGUGCUCUCACACCUGUCACAACGCCAUCGCUACCUACUACUGCUCCUGUCCUGACGGGCUCACCAUCUCAGCUGACGGGAGGACCUGCCAGGAUAUUGACGAGUGUGCUGGAGGCCACAUGUGCCACGACGGGCAGGAGUGUGAGAACACCAUCGGCUCGUACCGCUGUGUGACGCGCUGUGGGCGGGGCUUCAGGAGGACGGCCGACGGGAUGAGUUGCCAAGAUGUGAACGAGUGCCAGGAGCCUAACCUGUGUAACCAGCACUGUCUGAACACGGUCGGUAGCUACCGCUGUGCCUGUGAGCCCGGGUUCCAGCUGAGGAACAGACGGUGUAUAGACAUAAACGAGUGCAGGCAGAGGGUGUGUCGUACGGACCAGCAGUGUAAGAACACCAGGGGUGGUACACCUGCCGACCUGUGCCCCGCGGGCAUGACCAAGGGCGGCAACGGGACAUGCGUGGACAUCGACGAGUGCCAGGAUGGGACCCACCAGUGCAGAUACAACCAGAUCUGUGAGAACAGCCAAGGGAGCUACCACUGCACCUGCCCGCGGGGGCACCGCUCCCAGGGGGUGGGGCGCCCCUGUGUGGACAUUAAUGAGUGCGAGCAGCCGCCCCAGCCCUGCGCCCACCAGUGCGUCAACACCCCCGGCAGCUUCAAGUGCACCUGCCCGCCGGGGCGCCACCUGCUGGGGGACGGCAAGUCGUGCGUGGGGCUGGAGAGGCUGGAGAGGCUGGAGAGGCUGCCCAGCUACGAGAGCUUCUCGUACGGCUACCGAGGCUCCCAGCCCCCCCCGGAGCGCCGUUCCUUCCAGCAGCAGUACCACAGCCUAGCCUCCCAGAACUACCACUCCUACACUGCCAGUGGGGGGCGCUAUAGGUUACGUACUCGCAGGGAGACCCCGCCCCCGGCCCCGCCUCCACGGCCUCGCCUCGCCUGUCCUCAGGGGUACGAGGCCGGGCGUGGGCGUUGCCGAGAUAUAAACGAGUGUGAGGUGAGGGACGCGUGUCAGCACGAGUGUAUGAACACUCCGGGAAGUUACCGCUGUCUCUGUCCUGCUGGUUACCGCCUCAUGACCAACGGCAAGACCUGCCACGAUAUUGAUGAGUGUCUGGAACAGAGUAUCCAGUGUGGAACCAACCGAAUGUGCUUCAACAUGAGAGGAAGUUACCAGUGCAUCGACACUCCCUGUCCGCCCAACUACCAGAGAGACCCUGUCACAGGGUUCUGUUUGAAAAACUGCCCUCCCAAUGACCUGGAGUGUGCCUUGAGCCCGUACGCACUGGAAUACAAGCUGUUGUCCCUCCCCUUUGGCAUUGCGGCCAAUCAGGACCUGAUCCGCCUGGUGGCGUACACUCAGGACGGCGUGAUCCACCCGCGCACCACCUUCCUGGCGGUGGACGAGGACGCCACCCUGCCCUUCGCCCUCCGCGACGAGAACCUCAAGGGGGUGCUGUUCACCACGCGGGCGCUGCGAGAACCCCACACCUACCGCAUGAAGGUGCGGGCUCUGUCCUACAGCCCCGACGGGGGCAUCGAGUACCAGACCACCUUCAUCGUCUACAUCGCCGUGUCUGCCUACCCUUACUGAGAGCACUUUAACGGACGCGGAGGAAAAAGGGGGUUUGGGGUGGCGAAAGGUUGUGACCUCUGUGCACGCCCGCCACUGAGAGAGAGAGAGCGUGUGCGUGAUGUGUGUGUGUGUGUGUGGUCGGCCACGUAAAGGACUUGGGAUGAAAGACGUGUGUGAGGGAGGACGGAUGGGAGGACAGCACUGCGAAGCCGGAGACAGACUGAGGAGGGACUGAGCACUGGGCCCUGAGGCACACCCAAGUCAUGUGACACAAUCAAGACCUUUGAUUGGCCGGCAAAGAACCAGAUAUGUGUAUUUUGGACAAAUGUUUCCAAAUGUAUGGUUUUUACAAUUAACACCAUGACUUUUGAUAUUACUCACAGACGAUAAUCUUGAAAUGCCUGCCCGUUUCGAAAUUCUGGUCAUUUCAGUUCACGGCAAAGGAAAGAGGAUGUUUCCUUUGAGGGUACAAUUGUUGACCCGGUCAACCCUGACAUGUUAGGUCUGCCAUAGUGUGUACAGAUAUCUAGGGCCAGCCCAGACUGUUCCUUUAGACUGUCUCUUCAGAACCAGUUGGCCUGAAUGUAGGCUCCCCUCUCUUCUUACUCUCACUGUGGUAAAGAAAGCAACACGAAUAGCUAGCCUAUAUUAACAUCUACCUAUUAACUUAUUUGGGAAGUGCUUGAAUAUGGAAAAAGGGGCGGUUCCCUCCUUGGCUCAGCUCUUUUCUGGUUGGUUGGUCGCCUGAAUAGCGUGACGACAUCAGAGGAUAGAUUUGUUUCAUUUAAUCGGAAGCUUUUGAAGACAAGAUCUUUUUCUUGUCAAACUCUCACCCACCUCAGGUAAUCUCCCAUUAAAUCAGUCUCAACCCCUGGAUAAACAACACUCGCCAUUUCACUUGUCUGUCUCUCUUGUUUUGGUCAUUAAAAAGUAAUGUUGUCAAUCUAAAGACAUAUGUAUGGCUCUGUUAACUGGUUCACGCAUAGUAAGUUACCAAGGUGUAUUCUAUUUUUAUUAUUUGUAUAUAAGUGUUUUCUUAUGUAUUGCCAUAUUGUACUGUAUUCUUUUUUUUUAUAAAAAUACAAAAAAUAAAUGGGACAAAUAUACAAUCAAAACUAAAAGACUGUCUUUCAUAUACAUCUUUAUUAAGCACUAACAUAAAAAAGACAUUGAGUAAGGCAGUUUUUACACCAGUUUGGUAGGUUUUGUUGAGUUUUUGCACUUGGUCGGAAGACCAUCAAACAUUACUGCAUUAGAAAUAUGUUUCCUAAUGUCUGGAUAUAUAGCCACAAAUGAAAUGAUUAAAAUCUAAAAUAG